CCGCGGGUCUGUCUUUCGCGCAGCGCUUCGCCGCGGCACGGACGGGUCUCCCUGUUGCCGCCGUUUCUCCGCGACUAUGGCGCCUCUGGGCAGCUGACGUUCGUGCCUCCUCCUUCUCCCUCUUCCUCUAGUCUCCCAAGGAACCAACUGUGAGGGGAAACAGCCGCCGCCGCCGUAACCAUCGCCUCGCAGCUCGCGCCUCAUCACCAUGAAAGUCAUCGUCGGCAUUGGCGGGAUCACCAAUGGCGGGAAGACCACCCUAACAAGCAAACUCAUGCAUGCCCUGCCCAACUGCAGCGUAGUACACCAAGAUGACUUCUUUAAGCCCCAGGAUGAAAUAAAGGUUGAAGAUGGAUUUAAACAAUAUGAUGUUAUUAGUGCUUUGGAUAUGGAUGCGAUGAUGAGUACCAUCAAUGCUUGGCAGAAAGACCCAAUCAAGUUUGAACGAUCUCAUGGUAUUAACACACUAGAUACCAGAACUAUAGAGGAUUCAGGGGAGAAUGAUGACACACUCCAUAUCCUUAUUGUAGAAGGAUUCUUACUUUAUACUUACAGGCCCUUGAUUGAUGUUUUUGACAUCCGGUAUUUUCUUUCUAUUCCCUAUGAAGAAUGCAAGAGGAGGAGAAGUUCAAGGAAUUACACUGUGCCUGAUCCACCUGGAUUAUUCGAUGGUCAUGUCUGGCCCAUGUAUGUCAAACAUAAGAAACUAAUGGAAGAUCUUAAUGUUGAUGUUGUUCAGUUGGACGGAGCAAAAUCAAGGGAGGAGCUUUUUAAUGCAGUCUACGGUCAUAUCCAGAACAACUUAGAAGAAUUGAUGAGGACACUGGAUUAGACAAGUGGCUGGAAAAUUGUAAUGAAGUAGAAGACACUUGUUCAGUAACUUUUUUUUAACCACGUGCCUGGCUUGGCAGUUAAGUUCCAACUUCUGUGAAGACUUUGCCUUUCUUAAUAAAUAUUUUCUUCUUGCUGACACAAGUCUCUAAAACGUGGCAUUGAUUAAAAAGCAUUUACCAUCCAUAAA